AAGGCAGCUGACCAUCAUCAAAAUUCGCUUUCACUCGCUUUCGCGUUUUUCAUGUAGGUAACAGAUAACUAUUGGGAUAGCACAAAGCGUUUGGCUGGAGAAGGCCACGUAGAAGUUAAUUUCAUGAGUUUGAGUUCCAUCUCCUAAUCAAGAGAGCACAUUUUAUUUGUGUUACGUGGACAGUUUUGUGGAGGGAACAGGGAAUUGUGGAUUUUCUUCCCAAUGAUUUCAACGUGGAUUUAGUUGACUUCAUACUAGAUUUUACCCUGGAAAUUCUGGUACAUAUUAACAUGGUUGUCCACUUCAAACCUUGGUGAUAAUAUUGGACGAUUUUUUUAUUCGUAAGCUUUAGGUUGUUUGUGUUCUACGCUGUUUGUAAAUAUAUGCAUCGAUCAUCAUCGUUUAUUAAUAUUGUUUAUGUCUCUUUAAAAAUCUUUAAAAAAUGUUGCAAUAGUCUUGUCUUGUAUCUUUAAAUUGUAAUAACCGUUGUUUUCGGCAACGUUUGGAAGCAAGACGAGUAAAGUUUUGGAAACAUUGAUUUAUCGAUAUGGCAAUGGUAGCGUGGAGAAGCGCAGAAGAUGUCGCCGACACUCAAGGCACAAUCUCUUCACCUGUCUCACAAGUGGGAUCUCUGUCUAUAUCGACCGAUCUAACGGGCCACCUGAAUCCGACGUCCUCGCUGGAUGUUGCUCCAACAACUCAGACAGCCACCCAAGGCGCCCCUACAAGCAAUACGACGCAGUCUAUCACAAACCAGUCGAUGAACGCUGCAAUAGACAAACAACAGCCUCAACAAAUAGAGUGCGUCGUAUGUGGCGACAAAUCGAGUGGAAAGCAUUAUGGACAGUUCACGUGCGAGGGAUGUAAAAGCUUUUUUAAACGGAGCGUCCGAAGGAACCUCAGCUACACUUGUAGGGCAAGCAGGAACUGUCCAAUAGAUCAGCACCAUCGUAACCAGUGCCAAUAUUGUCGCUUAAAGAAAUGCCUUAAAGUAGGCAUGAGACGGGAAGCAGUUCAAAGAGGACGGGUAUUACCGACGCAGCCAUACCAUGGCCAAUUCACCUUAAAUGGAGACCCUCUACAGUGCCAUUCUUACCUUUCCGGAUACAUAUCUCUUCUCCUACGAGCGGAGCCCUACCCAACAUCCCGAUAUGGCACGCAGUGUAUGCAGUCAAACAACCUCAUGGGUAUCGAAAACAUCUGCGAACUGGCGGCCAGGAUGCUUUUUAGCGCCGUUGAGUGGGCCAGAAACAUCCCUUUUUUUCCAGAUCUACAAAUCACAGACCAAGUAGCCCUUCUAAGGCUAACAUGGAGUGAGCUGUUUGUUCUGAACGCGGCACAGUGCUCUAUGCCGGUACAUGUAGCCCCAUUACUGGCAGCAGCAGGCCUCCAUGCCUCCCCCAUGUCUGCAGAUAGAGUUGUAGCGUUCAUGGACCACAUUCGGAUAUUUCAAGAACAAGUAGAGAAGCUGAAAGUCCUGCAUGUGGAUUCAGCAGAAUACAGCUGCAUAAAGGCCAUUGUCCUCUUCACUUCAGAUGCGUGUGGUCUGUCGGAUGUGGCUCAUGUUGAAGGGUUACAAGAGAAAUCCCAGUGUGCUUUAGAGGAGUAUGUCAGGAGCCAGUACCCCAACCAGCCAACAAGAUUUGGGAAGCUAUUGCUUCGCCUGCCUUCCCUUCGCACAGUGUCCUCGUCUGUAAUAGAACAAUUGUUCUUCGUCCGACUAGUGGGCAAAACCCCAAUUGAAACUUUGAUAAGGGAUAUGCUGCUUUCGGGCAGCAGUUUCAAUUGGCCUUACAUGUCGCUUCAGUAGCUCGAAGUAACAACAAGGACGGAGCCUGACCGUUAUUUUUGUUUGAAGAGAGGCUGGUGUUCAACAGAAGGAACGAUUCAGGAAUGAUUAUUUGACACAAUAAAAGACACUGUAUUUAUUGGAUCGUGUGUGGAUAUUUAUCGCGCUUCUUUAUAAUGUUUUGUACCCUGCAUAGUGGAGGAAAGGGGGCUUAUUUGUCUUGCGUCCAUUCAGCUUUUUUAAGCAAAUUGUAUAGGCUACACAAACAUGGCACUUUUAAGUAAGCUAAUAGGCCUAGUUACUUUCAGUAUCUCAAGGUCAGAAAAUGUUGCCAGUUAUUGUAACACCUGUUCUACUGAAGAGAACCCAAUUUACUUGUUUUACUUGUUAUUAAGACUGCUUGUUUGUGUAAAUAUAAAAAAGGUUAUCUUUGGUGUCGUCAUGACGAUUUCCUGGAUUUAAAUGGUCAUAGAAUAACAAAUGAACAUUAUAUUAAACCGGAUACUAUAUUUCUCUAUAUAUACAUCUCUCCAUAACAGUAUGAUUUUGUCCUAGUCCUAGGCUAACUCUUCCAGUCGCAGAGGUAAAAGUGGUCGUAGCUAUAUAGCUUCACAUUUUUUCUUAACCUUUUGUAUGUCUACAAAGUGUCUGUCUAUGCGUGUCUGUGUGUAUGUAGGCCUAUGUAGCCUAUGUGUGUGUGGGUGUAUGUGUGCGUGUGUGCGCUGGUAUGUAAUUCUGUUACUGACUUUGAACUAUGAUGUGCCGUGACAUGAAAAUAUUGGUACUGUAUUAAAUUAUAUCUCAUGAUUUAUAA